GGGCGGCUGGGGCCUGAGUCGGGGACUGCCGGCAGGAGCUGGGACCCCAGUGGAGAUCUUUCUGCCCAAACAGCCCGGACCAUGUGACACUGACCAGGAAUCAGCCCUGAUGGAGGCUGAAGGGCCUCCUCGAAGUGCUUCUACUCCAACUACUGCUCUGGAGGAACUCCACAUCUUUCCAACAUCCCUCAUGAAGAAUAGAGGUAUCCCUGCUUCAGAGCUCGAAGCAGCAGAGACAGAGGACCCUGCCUGGAAGUGGGCUGAGGAGGACGAUGAUGUCUUUGGGGCUCAGCAGAGAGAUCUGAGUAACCUAAGCACAACUGAAGAGACACCACCCGUUUUCCAGGAAGAUUCUCUAGGCUCUUUGGAGCUUGACUAUGGAGAUAUUGUAACUGCAGAAUCAGGAGUUCAGAGACCCUCAUGGCUAGCAUCUCAGGGCCCCCAAGAGGGUCAUGUACCUUUUAUUCCCACAGAGAGCUCUGUCAGUCCCACCCUGGUUACUAGCCUGGGCAUUGAACCCAUCCCCAAUGAAAUAAGUAGCAACAUUGAGGUAGAAUCUUGGACAGAGUUCCCUAACACUCUGAAGGAAACUGAAAGGUCAAGAGCUAGUGAGACAGUGGAGAAAGGAAUCAUUCUUCCCUCCUCCACUGAGGCUAGGUCCUGUUCUCCUCCUGAAGAACCCAAUAGUCCAGUCUCUCAUGCCGGAAGAAGAGCUUCCCAGCAAGAGGGGGAACCCCAAGCCCAAGAGAAGAAGGAAAAUGGAGGGCAAGAAGGGCUGUUACAUCAGAGACAAGAGGAGGGCAGGGAUCUAGGGAAACAGAAGAAGCAGGAACAGAGGGAACUAGAAGGUCAGGGGGAGCUGGAGUGGAUUGAUGGACUCUCAAGAAAACAGGAACUGGAGGGGGUAACAUAUGUUCAAGGACAAAUGGGAGAACCGGGACAAGAAGAUAAAGGACAGGAUGAAUUGGUUCUGGGAAAACAAAAAGAAAGAGAGACAUUUAAUAGGGAGGUAGAAGAUCAGAAGCAGAGGGAAGGGUACCCAGGAGACACAGAUGUGGAGAUGCAGGGUCAUGGGGAAGUAGGAGAGGAGAAAAAUCAAGGAAAUGGGCUGGCAGAGGAGCAGAGAAAGGCAGAUCAUUAUGAUAAGGACCAAGAGUUAGAUGGGAAGCAGGGGAAGAUAGUGGAUGAGGGUAAGGAAAAACAGGGAGCUGUAGAGGAGCAAUGGAAGCUAGAAGGAAGUAAGGAAGAACAGGAGAGUGUGGCUGGAGAAACAUUGGAGGUAGCAGGAAUAGUAAGGAGAAAUGAGAAUGAGGAGAUUCAGAAGCAUUAUGGUUCCUUCCCGUUGACCCAAGUUGUCCCAGGUGCCAAUAUUUCAUGGGGCUCUUUCCCAGAAGACCUUGUUUCCACUAUCACAAGAUCUGAGACUCAAGAAGGGAUAAAGACUGAGUCUUCUAGAGUUCAGGUCUCCAUGUAUUCUUCCUGCCCAGACUCUACUCCAAAGUCUGGACAGGGGUCAUCAGAAUCUGUCCAGUCCUUCCCUCCUCACAGUCUCUCUGGAAAGGAUACUGAGAAAGAAGCAGAGCAAAAUGGCUGGGAGGAAGAGUAUGGUCAAGGAGAUAGAGCAAUGCCUGGCUUGGGGAAGAAACCAACACCCCCAAGGCCAAUUGCUAUAGCUCCUAGGACAGAGACCUCAACUCCUUUCGGUUCUACUAAGGUGGAUCCCAACACAACCACCUCAUCAUCUUCCUGCCCCUCUACCUUCUUUCCUAUAGGAGAUUCUUCACUCCCAUCCCAUCUGCCAGAGUUCUCUAGGUCCUUUUCCUCUGAUAAAGAAUUCUCUUUUCACCACUGGGACCCUGAUGCUGCCUUGAACAUUCUCCACAUACCUUCUGCUAAAGAGGCUCCCUUGGUACCACAUGCCAGCUCUGACUGGGCCAGCACUCUAAGCCUCCCUGAAUCCUCUGAGGAAACUCUCCAGUACCAUAUGAGUAAUUCUGCUCCAAGUUCCUAUGGGGGAGGGCAGCCUCAGUAUCUGGCCCAGCCUCCAGCCUCCUUCUAUCGCUCUGAGUUGUCUCAGAGGCUCUCUGAGCCUGCCAUCCACCAUGCUGAGAUCCCAGGAAGGGAGGAGCAGCCUAGGCUAGAACCCUUUUCUGACUCUUCCUCCUUGAGCCAACUUCAAGGAUUCACCCCAUAUUUAGAGAGGCCUGGUGCCACUCAUAACCAAACUUGGUGUCCACCAAAAAAGGAAGCCUUCAUCUCAGGAGGACUUAUCCAUGGCUCCCCUACUUCCUCAUCCAUGGUAGAAAUGGGAUUACAUGAACUGCUGCCUCCUGUCCCAGUACGGGAGAGGCACAGUCAUCCUCCCCUGGCUGCACGACAUAGCAAUCAUCUCAACAAGCCCUCAGCCCCAAAACGGUAUAGCCACCCUCCCACCUUGGCCUUAGCUUCAAUACUGCCUGAUUCCCCUGAAAGACCUUCUCUCCCUGUUAAGGCAAGACAGAAUCGACCUCUGCCUUCUACUCCAGUCACAGACACUUCCCACCAUACUCAGACUCCUAGGCUGAGGUACAAUAAGCCGCUACCUCCCACCCCAGUCACACCCCCGCCCUACCAACCUCCCAUAUCUACCACCCCAAGUAAGAAAAACAAACCUCUUCCUCCUGUUCCCAUUUCGGAUCCUGACACCAAGCCACCUCCACUGCCUCCAAAGGCUAAGUGGCGAAGCAACAGUACUCACAGGACACUUGUGGAUGUAGGAGAUCAGUUGAGGUCAAAACCUGGCUCCUCCAAGGUACCUGGAGGGAACUGGGAAGCCCCUUCUCCCCUCUCUGCUGGACGUACCUCCUGGCCUCCAGCUGUGGAUAGGCCAACAGACACUUUGACCUUUCCUGGCAGGAACAAAAGUGAGAUGUCUGCUCCUCUGGCCUUCAGUAACAUGACCAACUUCCUUCUGCUGAGUCCUUCUUCCCCAGCUCCCUCCAUGACCCAGGACCCACAGCUUUCUAUCCUGGGAGGAGUCCAGGAUGAACAUGGACAAUCAGAAGGGACUUUGAGGACUUUGAGCAGAGGAGUUCUUCAAGGGGAUGGCAAUGGACCCCGGAGGUCAAAUCGAGGCCUGGGGCGGCAGUCAGGGAAACCUAGCCACCCACCUUUGGAGAAAUCAUCCAGCUGGCCACACAGGAAAGAUCCUGGGAAAUUCUUGGAAAUGAGUGGUGGGCACUCAGAGAGUCCUGCUGAGGAGCAGAACAAGACCAAGGGAUGGAACCGGCAAGGCCUGCGCAGACCAUCUGUCUUGCCUGGGGAGGCCCUAGAUAGGGAAGGCCCCCCCAUGGAAAAACCUCCUUGUCCCUCAGACACAAUUGUUCUUCGAGAGAAGAAACCAAGAGAAGUGAUGGGUAGUGUUGCCAGGCGCUGCUCCAAGUUCAUCAAUUCUUCCCACCUGCUUUAUCAGGAGUAUAGUGAUGUGGCUUUAAACAAGGAGAUACAAAGCCAGCAGAGGCUGGACAGCCUGAUCGAAGUGUCCAGCCCAGCUUCUCCCCGACAGCCCCGAAAGUCUCCAGGUACCCCAGACUCUUAUCUUCAGCGCCUCUCCAUCGCUUCCAGUGCAUCUUUAUGGCAGGACAUCCCCCGAGUACGCAAUAGCACCAUGCUGCUCUCUAUGACUCAUGAGAACCAAAAACUGCAGGAGGCCAAAUUUGAACUUAUCAUGUCAGAAGCUUCCUACCUGCGAAGUCUUCAUGUGGCUGUAGACCAUUUCCAGCUCUCAUCACAGCUCCGGGCUACAAUGUCUAACCAAGAACACCAGUGGCUCUUCUCUCGUCUACAAGAAGUGCGGGAUGUCAGCACCACGUUUCUCUCGGACCUGGAAGAGAACUUCGAGCAUGACAUCUUUACCUUCCACGUUUGUGAUGUGGUCCUGACCCAUGCACCUGCCUUCCGGCGUGUCUACCUACCUUAUGUGACCAACCAGACUUACCAGGAGCGCACUUUUCAAGGCCUACUGAACAGCAACAGCAAUUUCCGAGAGGUCCUGGAAAAGCUAGAAAGUGACCCUAUCUGCCAGCGCCUUUCCCUAAAGUCCUUUCUGAUACUGCCCUUCCAGCGUAUCACCCGCCUCAAACUGCUGCUCCAGAAUAUUCUUAAGAGGACACAGCCUGGCUCCCCAGAAGAAGCAGAGGCCACGGAAGCACACCAUGUCUUGGAAGAGCUCAUCCGGGACUGCAAUAGCAAUGUCCAGAGUAUGCGACGGACAGAAGAACUGAUCUACCUAAGUCAGAAGAUUGAGUUCGAGUGCAAAAUUUUCCCACUGAUCUCACAGUCACGAUGGUUGGUGAAGAGUGGGGAGCUAACAGCCCUUGAGUCCAGUGUGUCGCCUGGGCUACGGAGGAAACUGGCCACUCGACCUGUCCACUUGCAUCUCUUCAAUGACUGCCUAUUGCUAUCACGGCCUCGAGAGGGUAACCGAUUCCUGGUCUUUGACCAUGCCCCUUUUUCAUCUGUACGGGGGGAGAAGUGUGAAAUGAAGCUGCAUGGACCACACAAGAACCUCUUCCGCCUCUUCCUCCGGAACAAUGCACAGGGCACCCAGGCCGAGUUCCUCUUUCGCACAGAGACUCAGAGUGAAAAGCUUCGCUGGAUCUCAGCUUUGGCUCUUCCAAGAGAGGAGUUGGACCUCUUGGAAUGUCAUGACUCCCCACAGGUUCAGUGUCUACGUUCUUAUAAACCUCGAGAGAAUGAUGAGUUGGCACUGGAGAAAGCAGAUGUGGUGAUGGUGACUCAGCAGAGCAGUGAUGGCUGGCUGGAGGGUAUGAGGCUGUCAGAUGGGGAGAGGGGCUGGUUCCCUUUGUCGCACGUGGAGUUCAUCACCAACUCUGAUGUUCGAAAGCGGAACCUGUCAGAGGCACAUAGAGUCAAGACUGCCAAACUACAACUGGUCGGACGCCAAAGAUAACUGCUGCUCAGGGGCAUCCCCUUGGGCCCAUGGACAUGAUACUUCAAUGGAAGGCAGCUGUCACCUGCAGCUCUGUAACAGAACCUCUUUGAAAGUCUGAAAACAAAAAUCAGCAAGACUGGACAGAAGCUUCAGACCUUCCACUCAUUGCCCAUUGGUGUGUUUGAGCACGUGUAUACACACACACACAUACACACACACAUACACACACAUAUACACACACACAUGCCCCGAUGCUCACUAUAAGAAUAUAGGGCAAAAGGAUUUGGGGUAGGGCCUGGACUCUGGGAACCAUUUCUUUAAGGAAGUGUUACCUAUCUGGGAGAUCUACACUGGAGCCUGAGCCAAGGGGCUCCACUUCUAUGAAAUUUACCAGUUCCCAUGCUCCCAGGUUGAUAAUUUGGAGCUGGAAUUUCAAAUGCUUUGUUCCAAACUGCAUCAUUUCUUCAACAUUCCUUUCCUUUGGGAACCAGCAUUAUUGGGAAGGAAAUUAAGGUACCUCUAGGGAAGCUAUAUGUUGCUAUGGAAAUGUGAGGGGGAUAGUCUCUCACUCUAAUAAACCUGGCACUUUGAAAUUUUUCUUCCCAUGCUCCUUAGCACUUAGCAUUGUUCAUAACAUGGCUGGACUUCAGGGAGGAAUCCAGGCUCAGCUGGGUUUGGGUGCCAUGAAGGGCUGUAUGUAGGCAGUGGGCAUAGAUUAUUGUGGCAGCUGUUGGUUCUUGCCUCGAUGCCACUCCCCCAGGGAUCUGGGGAGAUUCUCUCUUAGCUAUGACCUCAGGAAUGUAGCUGUUUCUUGAUUCUGUGCCUCUUCCUGCAAGGAGUUAUGCCAGCAAUACACUCAUGCAGACCCAUCUUCUUGAGUGCACCAGUAGCUAUACUACAAACAGUGAGGGUUAUGUCAUAAUAUAACAGAAUUUCUGAGUGGGAUGGGAAUUCAAUGAUCCUCCAGUUCACUCUUGCCUGAAAGAUGAAUUAUCUUUAUAGGAUGAAUGAAUCAAAAACAUUUAUUAAGUGCCUACUACUACAUGUCAAGCACUGACAGCUAGGGAUACAAAUACAAAAAUGACAGUCCCUGCUCUUAAGGAGUUUACAUUCUUUUGGGUAUGGAGUGGAUAACACUGUGACCAGGGAAGGUAAUGGUAAGUGGAACAAUAAGACAAUCCAUUGACUUGUCCUUUUCAGAGGCAAUCGUAGUGUUAAUUCGACUACCUUUCUUGGAGCAAGAGGUGUUAAAAAGGGAGAGGGUAGUGAAGAGGGCACCAUACAGCAGUAAGCUGCUGGGUGGAAGAUGGCCCUAGUGUGUCUAGAGUUCAAUGGCUUAGCUCAUCCCAGGCAUGAUUUCUAGUAAUCUGGUUUGGAGGGUGGAGCAGCAGGAAAUAAGAGUAACAGGAAAUAAAAUGUCCUAACUAGUAGCCAUCUAGCCUCUUCUUGAGGACCUCGAAUGACAGUAAAUACCAUCUAUUAAAGUAGGCUAUUUAACAGGAUACACUAGGCUUUCUGUUUAAGUAUUCCAUAUUCACCUAAUCUGUAAUAUUUAUUACUUUAUACACAUUUUAAAUGCAUUUCUCUAGUGUUUCCACCUGGAUAUAGCAUAGUACCAUAAAGAGAACACUGGAUCAAAAGGAAAUCUGGCUCCAGUUGUGUGACCCCCCAAAUCAGUUCUUUGGGCCUCAAUUUCCUCAAAUGUAAAAGGAAAGUGUCAAUUUAGUAGGAAGAAUGAGGCACUUCAGGGAAUGGAGACAGAAGAGGUAGGUGGGAGCAAAUAUCACGUAUCAUGUGGGAAGAUUCACUGGAAACCCCUGCACCAGGGUUUGGGGGACUAAAUGAGUGGAGUGGGAGGCUGAUUGUUGGGUUCAAGUCCUGUACUUCAAAAUUGUACUGUUCUUCAUUGGGUCAGGUGGGAGCUGCAGUCAUCUAUAGCAUUUAGGAGUGUCAGUGGGAAUAAAACUGAUGCAUUCUUCAUCAUCGAUCAAGAAAAAUGGAAAGGAACUCGGGUCAUAUAGUCCAAACCCCUCAUUUUUCAGAUAACAAAACUGGCCCAGGAAAGUUCAAUGACUUGGUCACAUAGAUAGUAAUCAAAAGAGGCAGGAUAUAUACCCAGUUCCUCUGACUCCAGAGCUCAUGCUACUAUUUCCACCAUACCAGGUGGCCUCCCUAUCAGAAUGGCUGUUUCUGACAAUAGUUGGAGUGUAGACAGAGUGGGAGAUUGCAAGCAGAAUUUCCAUUUUUGUCUAGGGGAAAUGCAGUGGCAAUCCCCUAGUAUUGCAGCCAAAGACUUUCUCCCAUUUUGCCUUUAUUGUGUAUAUGUAUGUGGCUCGGUGAGAGAUGGGGUGGGGAGGGGUCAGU